GAUGAUGGUGUGGCUCUCCUUGCCGCCGAUUCAGAUAGGUUGUUGGUAGAGUGUUAAAAAGCAUUUUUUGUUCAGUUUCUCCCGUAUGGAGUUACGUACUGAGGCAGUAGUGGCCACAGUGGAGAUGUCGGAGCUAAAGACCCGAGAAGAUGACCCUUCAGAUAGCAAUGAGUACGAGAGUUUGCCACCCCAUGCCUCCUUGACGACCCACAUGACAGCGGGAGCAGUGGCUGGAAUACUGGAGCACACGGUGAUGUACCCCAUAGACUCUGUCAAGACACGGAUGCAGAGCCUGCAGCCUGACCCGAAGGCCCAGUACCGGGGCGUAUACGAGGCCCUGCAGCGGAUCGUCCGCACCGAGGGUGUCUUGCGGCCCCUCAGGGGCCUCAAUAUCACAGUGCUGGGGGCCGGCCCAGCCCACGCCCUCUACUUCGCCUGCUACGAGAGAGUCAAGCGCACCCUCAGCGACGUCAUCCAGAAUGGGGGGAACAGCCACAUAGCCAACGGUGUGGCAGGUAGUCUAGCCACUGUUCUCCAUGAUGCCGUGAUGAACCCAGCGGAAGUCAUCAAGCAGCGCAUGCAGAUGUUCAACUCUCCGUACCGGGGCCUGUGGGACUGCGUGGUGACGGUGACGCAGCGCGAGGGCCUGGCGGCCUUCUACCGCAGCUACAGCACGCAGCUGACCAUGAACAUCCCCUUCCAGGCCGUGCACUUCAUCACCUACGAGCUGACGCAGGAGCGCCUCAACCCGCAGCGCCGCUACCGGCCCACCAGCCACAUCGUGUCGGGCGCGGCCGCCGGCGCCGUCUCGGCCGCCGUGACCACGCCGCUGGACGUGUGCAAGACGCUGCUCAACACGCAGGAGAACGGCGCGCUGCGGCUCUCGGGCAUGGCCAACGCCAUCAGGACGGUGCACCGGCUCGGCGGCUCGCGGGCGUUCUUCAAGGGCGUGCAGGCGCGCGUCAUCUACCAGAUGCCCUCCACGGCCAUCGCCUGGUCCGUCUACGAGUUCUUCAAGUACUUCCUCACCCAGCAGCAGCACCAGCACGACCUCGCCCUCAGGGACCACGGACAGCAGAACCAGGAGCCCAAGCCGGGCGCAGGCUCCAGUCCCACAUGAGGCCCGCCGUGGCUCUCUGGGUUGGAGCAGAGACAGGGAGCUACGGGCCUCUGAAUUAAUUUGGGGGGGGGAGGAGACAGAGUCCCCCCUCGGAGUCCUCCUCCCCUCCUGUCAUUUCAGUAUGUUUACCAUGAAGUCAUGAGCUGACUGACACUAAAAGAGGGCACUUUGGAUGUUUGCUGUCAUUUAGGUAGAACCUUGUGUUCAUUUGUCGUCGUCGUCGUCGUCAUUGUCAUCAACAAUCUUUUUUAGAAUUUAAUAAGAGUUUCAUCCAACCUUUCACAUCCACCGUUCCAUCAGUCUCUCCCCGUGUGGCCUGGAGCACUGAAAGGCUCUCGGAUGGUGCCGUCAGAUGAAGUCUCUUGCCAUGGAGGGGAGUGAGGAAAAAUGGGGUAAUGGAAUGGUAGUGGUGGUUACCACUCCCCCCCCCCCCCCCCCCCCUCCCCUCAGUCUCUGGCUCGCCAGACCGACCAUCCCCCCCCCACCCAUCCCCCCGAUCCCCGGUCGCUGUCUGUGUGAUGACUGAGUCUACCCUCCUCACACUGUGCUUGGCUUCAUCCGUUUGUUUAUGGAUUUCAUGUAGGAAUUUUUUUUUUUUUUCUUAUUUAUUUUAUUGGCUAAGCGGAAGGUCGCAUUUCAAGGAUUUCGGAAGAGCCGCAGGGUUUUGUGUGCUUGUUUGAUUUCUGUGUGUAUUUUUUAAAGGGCUGUUUAAUUGAGCGCAUUCCUUAGUCCUAUGUGGUAAACAAAGAGCCCCCCCCCAAUUCAUGUUGUGCCUCAUCCACCGUCAGUUGCAGGUUAGAGCUUACUAGGGGACUCAUAAGGCGGCAUUGCGCAGGUGUCCAAACCACCACCACCAUUGUGUAAGAAGCUCCAGUGAGCUCCUCGUUUAAUGUGUGGAAUUGUGGGGCGCUGACUGAAGCUGACCAAGCAAUCCAAGUUAAAUUCCAAACCAAGUUAAAUAGGAUCCUUUUUUUUUUUUAAUGCUUGAGGGUUAGACGUGCUGUUCUGGAUGUCACGUGACCGUAAACGUGGAAUCCAGUGAGAUAGCAUUUAUGUAUAUGGAGCCCAGGGCUGUCUUUUGCCACAUUAUGCAGAAAUGAAUCUCAUAUGUGAGAUGGCUACUAUAGUUAAAGGAGAAUGGCUCUUCCAUGAAGAGAUUCAAGAGAAGUAUCCUUUGUUCAUGUGUCAUACGGAUUUUUAGUAGCGUGACAUUGCAUCUUUACGCUGUCAGUCUCUUACGUCAUGUACUAAAGAGUUUUGAUUUUGUACCGCACAAACUUUCCCAGCCUUCAUCACUCCAUAAAACAUAUUAACGAGUCGAUGGCUCUUUCCAGUUCUUACUCAUAAGUUCAUUGUUGAACUUGAGUUGUUAAUUCUAUCGUUACAAAUCCCAAAUUGAAAACAAGCGCACGAGUGAAACCGCUUGAUGUAUGCUCAUUCCGUGGAGACACUGUAGCCUUCUCACAGUAAACAGUAAAGUAUGUAAAUAUAAAGCUAACUAUCUAUCUAUCUAUAUGUAUGUACGUUAAAGACAUUGCCUGUGAGAGCUGUUGUACACAUGUCCAUGGGACACCUUCUUCACUCACACAUGUCUCUAUCUCUGCCUGGGUCAAGUCUGUAGAUGUGUAUGUCAUGGAACAUUCAGACACAGUCGAAAUCCUGCAUACAAAUCUGCGGGUGUCCUCCUUGUACAGGUGCCUGUGUGGCCCAGAAAGGUUUGCCUUGUUUUAUGCAGAGCACUCGGCUUGCUCUGGAAUCACGCACAACUCUAUGGAAUUUUAAGUGUAAAAUGUAAAAUGUGUAGAAUAAUGUCAGCUUUGGCAACUUUUCCUCCCUUUGUGUGUGUGUGUGUGUGUGUGUGUGUGUGUGUGUGUGUUUUUUUUUUUUUUUUUUGUGAUUUGCUGUGUGUGUGCACGUGCGUUUGGGUGUGGACUUUUUGUCUUGAGUUGUUGUUGUACAGGUGUGGCUUGAUUCACUCUGGUCAACAGUAAAAUGAGACGCACAUACCAAAAGCCUAUGGUGUGGAGAGUGUGGGGGACCACAUGGCUCAACACUCCUAAAUAUCUGUGAUUUUUUUUUUUUUUUUUUUUUUUUUUUACAAUCUCCUCCUGUAGAGUCUUAAUUUAAAUUUAAUAUAAUGUAAUGUUUGUAAGUAUUAGCCAUUUUUAUGUACCGGUAACAAUGCAUUUAUGAAAGUUACGCAGCAUGGGCUAAUUGAAAAACAAAAGAACACUGAGGUCAAGUACCUCACUCCUUAUAUGGGCCAAGAUCUGCUCCUCACAGCUGCAGUCAAGUGUAUCGAGUAGGGGGAUAUGUAGUGCACUAGAUGGGGUUUCAAAAUGUGGGUUUGUGCUGGCAGAGAGAAUGCAGACCAACAGUGAUGCAGACGGGGUUGGAUAGGCUGGCGUGGGGUUGGGGGGUGUCGGACUGGUUUCAGACUGGUUUCACUGGCAGAGCUUUUCAGGGCCGAGGGUGCUUCCUGUGUCCUGACUGUCCUGCGUCACUCACUUCCUGUGUCCGCUCCGUCUGGUCAUUUUUAUCCAUCUCGAUUGCACCCCACCCCCAAACUAGUAAUACAGACAUUUCCAAAAAAGACCACAUUACUAAAGCAGCUAGGAGUUGUUUGUUUGCCUUUCAUUAAGUGCUUAUUGGUUUAAUUUUUCUCUCACAGAAAAACGCAGAGGGUUUUCGUUUGUUGUUGUUUUAAAAGCCUGCUUCUCUAACGCUGUAUUUAUUCAUUAACUAUGCAGCAGAGUUGGUUCCAGGACAAUGUUAUGUGGAACCACGACUGUCUGAGACUAAAUGUCCUCCUCCUCCUCCCCUUUGAGAUCCCAAAGAAGUCGACUACUAGACACCAUGUCAGGCCCUGUUUAGACUUCAGGCAUAGCUUUAAAAUGUAGAUUUAGAAAUAGUGUUGAAAAGAUUAUACAGUUUUUGAUUGCCCUUGAUUUGGUGAUUGCUUCAUGCCGUUGGAUUCACUUAUAGCAAAAGGGGAUAUAGUGAAAUCGCGUUUGGUGGGGUUUUUGUUUGGAAUUGUUUUCAAAAGUGCAUACAAACUGCUUGCUCAUCUGUCCAAACCCACUGGUGGGUCUUUGGACAGACGUCAAGAUGGUCAGAGGGGCAGUUUUAUUGACUUGGAAUCUACACUUUCAACCGUGUCAUUGAAAAUUGUCCCCUAAAUGAUGUGACCUUAUCUUAGAGAGAUAUAGGUCUUGUAUAAAGUUGACUUUUAUGAAUAAUAUUAAUAUUUGGCAGCAUAAUAGCCUAGUUUAAGUACCCCAUAUGAAUAAAUGCCAUACUUAUGACCUGCUUAGUAAUAAUUGUACACUUGUAGAAAGGACAUAUGGUUUGACAAAGUACUUGUGCUUUGAAAAAAAAAAAAUUAAACACUGAAAGCGAUCUUAAUUUGUGGUACAAAGUGAAACAAAUAAAUCACUAAAUGGCCAGUAUUUCUUUCUCUAUGCAUAUCCUUCCCUUUGCUGUUAUGUGUGGCUUUCUACACAUCUUCCCAGUGCUAUCACUGUCUUGAAGAUACUGUGGCCUUUAGCACAUCCUGACCAUCACCUUGACGGAGGAAUAGUCCUCUUCUCUGAUUUGAUAUGCUGAGAAAGAGUCGGCAAAUAGAUGAAGAGUUUUAGAUCUUUAGAGUUGAGGCAAAACAAUUCAAUAGCCUGUGCAUAUGUUUCUCAAAGGUCAUGAAAAUUGAUCAGUGGGAUCUUAAAAUAAAUCUGCUUGUGCUAGAGUUGUGGGUUGAAUAGCAACACAUGACUUACCAGACUUGACCAGGGAGGUAUUCUAAAUACGUGGUUUAGUGACAAACCUGGGUAAGUUGACUCAGAAUAAGGGGUAAACCUCCUAAUAGAAGAGCUGUUAUGGCUUCAUUCUCUUAACAGAAGUUGUAGGAGGUUUACCACUUACUCUGAGUUAACUUAACUCAGGUUUGUCACUAAGCCACAUACUUGGAACACUCCCCAUGGGGUGGACAAUGUUAUUGAUAUUUAUGCAAGCGUUUUAUGCAACUGCACCGGUGGUAUGUCACUACGCUACCCUUUAGAUGUAUGACAAAACAACACAUAUUCUAUUGCUUUUCAUAACAGCAAAAGGACAAGGUUAUCCUUCAAAUAAUUCCGCUGCGUAACUUCAGUCCCUUUUUAUUUUUGUAUAACAUGUAUGACAUGUUGCCCCAUAAUAUAUAUGCUUAUAAAUAGUUUUAAUGAAGAAAUGUAACAUACGUGUCUAGGGACAUGUUUGCUAGUGUACAUUAUUUGCUGCUUGUACGCACAAUGAUAUGGGAGUUUGGGGAACGAGGGAUAUUUUUAAACACAGAGUGCCAUCUAGAGUUCUGAACUAUUUUUGCUGGAAAAUGAAUGAUGCAAAUGUUUAUGGAUGGAGGAACUGCUGCUACAGUUUGUAACACUGGAGCUGAAAUAAAAUGCAAUUACUCAAAUAA